UUCCCAUUCUCACCAGUCGUAAAUUCCCGUUAUGCUUAUGAUCAUAGAUAGAUAGAUGGAGGCGAUUGGUGUGUGACUAUAUGAACUAAAAGGAUCUUAUCUCGCUUGAACACGGUUGAGGGAUAGAUCGAUUUGUCAUACCGCGAGUGACUCAAAUAUAACUGUAAUUUAUACGAUAAACAUUUAUUUGUACAAUCCAUUAGUGUGGUACCACGCGUCGAACAAAUUAUAAUUGAAAGUACCAUUUAAAUCCAUGAACAUAAAGUUGUUCGGAGUUGUAAAAGCAAUCAACAAAACUAAUAUAAAAGUGAAGUUAAGUGUUUGGGUACAAUACUUGUGGGCCGAUGAGCUUAUUCUCGGGAGGCUGCGCCUGAUAGGCGGUACGGCUUUAGUCGGCGCCGGGGAACUGCGCGAGCGCACGCGUCCGCGUCGCAUCGAUCGCGCCCUACGAUUGUUUACUAACACGAUAACGAUCUGCUACGACCACUAUGCCUUCCAGUCUUGCAUGAGACUCACUUGCAUUUUAAACGCAUUACAUCUGGAAAUUAAAUACUGAUUUGACGACUUUCUGUUAGUGAGAUGUCAACGCCUCGCUCUUUUAAUAGAUCGCCGCCGCUACUUUACGCCCUUCGGCACACAUAAAUAACAGAUAUAAUGUGACAAAUACAUUUGUAGUCCCCGCUUUUAAGAGUGUUUAACCAGCGAUUGUCGACAUGAAGCUUUCGAUGGUUAUUGUUUAUGUUAUCUUGGCGGCGAUCGUCCGGGCGGAGAUCAGGAUCCGCGGCAAAGUGAGAAAAAGGUCCAGCGCGCACCGGCGGCACCGCGCGAUUCUGCCACCUUGUCCUUUUAAUGAGACGAUUAUCGAGAACGAGUGGUCGUUGAUGGAAGCGAUAGGGAAAUCGAAGUACAUAUUCACUGGGAAGGUUUUAAAUGUGAAGAAGAGAUCUGUGCAGGAUAAUGCAAAGCGAUCGAACUUGUAUCGAGUGCAUCUGCGGCGAGUGCUUAAAGGAGACUUGAGUGCCUUAAGGACGUUUGUGAAAUUGGAAGGAUCAGUCGAGACGUUGAGUGGAUCGACGUUGAUGCUGGAGCGGCCUCGGGCCCGAGAGUCUUGUGCUCCAGGGCCGAGGCCUCGGCUGUCCGCAAUUUUCUUCAGCGAUGUGAGUGACAGUCCCGCCAUCAGGGGCCCCACGCCGCGCCUGCAGCUAAUCACUGACCCAGUGCCUUUGACUCUUUAUCAUCUUGACCGAAUCAAUGCAGCUGUUACAGAUUUACAUUAUCAGCCACGACCACCUGCUCCUGAGGAAGCGUGCGAGAAAACUUUUUGUCGCUGGGGUGCGGAAUGCGUGUCGCUCGGCGACGGGCGGGCCCACUGCGCGUGCCCGGUCAGCUGUCCGUCCGCGCCCGCCGCCGUGUGUUCCACUGCUGGCCGCACGUACCGCAACCAUUGCUACUUGCGCAAGGAGGCAUGCGAGCGCAGACUGAACUUGCGCGUCAAGCAUGACGGCGAAUGUGAGGCCGGAGACCCCUGCGUGGGCGUCACCUGCCCUACGGGCUCUAGAUGUGCAGUCAACUUUGGGCAAGCCGAGUGCCGAUGUCCCCGCAGUUGCCAGAGAAGGAAGACUGUUUGUGGCACUGAUGGCAAGGAAUACCCCUCCACUUGCCACUUGGACAAGCAAGCGUGCGACAAUCAACUCAACAUCACUAUUAAAUACCAUGGGAAAUGCGAUCCGUGCGCUGAGCACGAGUGCGCGGACGGCGGUAUUUGCCAACUGAACGAGGCCCGCGCGCCUGUCUGCCGAUGCGGCCCGCCCUGCGACCUGAUUGCCAGAUCAGGGUCGGCAGUGUGCGGGUCCGACUACAAAGACUACCCUAGUGAAUGCGCGCUCAGGCGGGAGUCGUGUCGCAUACGGCAGCAACUUACGAUUGCCUACAGAGGAAAAUGUGCUUCCGCUCAACACCCAUGCGACUCGGUAAAAUGCGGUGUCCGCGAACAUUGCUCCCUGGACUCGCGGGGCGUCGCCGUUUGCGGCUGUGGUCCGGAAUGCGAAGCCAUCGUGCGACCGGUGUGCGGGACUGACGGCCGGACGUACGACAGCCCCUGCCUGCUGGACCGGACGGCUUGUCGUGACAACAGAGAUGUCAGGACUGCUUAUAUGGGAGCAUGUGGUGAGGCGAACCCAUGCGCCCGUACAACAUGUCCAUGGGGCGGCGCGUGCGUCUCCCGCGGAGGCGCAGCGCAGUGCGCAUGUCCUGUCUGCGACGCGACGCUUGCGCCGAUCUGCGCGUCCGACCACAACACUCACGGUAGCGAGUGCAAGAUGAGAAUGCACGCCUGCCAAGAGGGCAUCCAGGAGGGGAAACUAAGAGUUCUCUAUAAUGGAACUUGCCAAACUUGCGCCGAUAUGGUGUGUCAGGGCGGUGGCGACUGUGUCCUGAACGAAAACACCGGCCGUCCCGAAUGCCGAUGCAACCACAAUUGCACCGAGACGCAGGACACAAGCCUGGUAUGCGGAACCGAUGGCCAGACGUACCUAUCGCAAUGCGAAUUGGACUCAACGGCGUGCCGUGAACAAACCAAUCUGCGGGUUGCUUACAAAGGCGAUUGUGCUUUAUGCGAGAACGUUCAAUGCUCGUUUGGAGCCCGUUGUGCCGCGGGCGAGUGCGUCUGCCCCAGCGACUGCACCGGCGCGGCGCGCGAGCCGGUCUGCGGGAGCAACAUGCAGACCUACUACAACGAGUGUGAACUCCAAAAAGCCGCAUGCCAGCUGUCACCCGCCAACACUCUUCACGUUAUUUUCUAUGGAGACUGCAAAGAUAGGCUUGCGGUUGUACCGCCCAUUGCAAUGACUACGACCGCGGUGACCACGACCGAGGCGGACGAAGGGUCGACGGAUUCCUCGGGUGCGACCGAUCAGUUCGGCACAGCGGAUCCGUCGGCUUGCCGCGAUAUCCGCUGCGACUUCGGCGCCAGCUGCGAGAUCGGCGCUGACCAGUACCCCCGCUGCUCCUGCCUCUUUGAAUGCCCGCCAGACGACGAAUACUUCCCGGUCUGCGCUUCCGACUUCAGACUUUAUCCCAGUAUGUGUGCAAUGCGAAAAGAGGGCUGCCAAAAACAACUCGAGCUAAGGCUGCGACCACUUGAUUUAUGCAAAGGCAUGGAGGUCCGGCCUUGCGGUAACAGUAAGGCGAUGGUCGAGCCGACCACGGGACUUGAGAUAGAUUGCGGUAACGGUCCGCACCGACAAGAUUGUCCGGUCGGCAGCUACUGCCAUAUUACCCUAACUGCAGCAAGGUGUUGCCCGAAAAACGACACGAAGCAGUAUGAAGAUAAGAAGGGGGGUUGCUCGGAAAGCGGGUUCGGGUGUUGCUCGGAUGGCGUGACGGCGGCGGCGGGUCCUAACGAGGAGGGGUGUCCGAUAACUGGCUCUAGUUGCGGCUGCAACCGGCUCGGAUCGGUGUCAGAUCGGUGCGACGAGAGCGGGCAGUGUGCGUGCCGGCCGGGAGUGGGCGGGCUGAAAUGCGACCGCUGCGAGCCCGGCUACUGGGGGCUGCCGAGGAUCGGCUCAGGACACACGGGAUGUAUACCAUGUGGCUGCUCUGCUUUUGGGUCCGUGCGUGAGGACUGCGAGCAGAUGACAGGACGCUGCGUGUGCCGCGCCGGCGUGCAGGGCCAGAAGUGCACCGUCUGCGCCGACCAUCGCCGGCGUUUGGGACCCAACGGCUGUGCUGACCCGGAAAGCGGCGGCGUAGCGCAGUCUUGCGCGGAACUGUCGUGCUAUUUCGGCGCGGUGUGCACCGAGCGCACGGGCGGCGCGCUCUGCGAGUGCACUGCGGCGCCUUGUCCUGACAGCGAUAAUAAUAUGCUCGUAUGCGGCAGCGACGGCAAAACUUAUGAAUCAGAGUGUCACCUGAAGUUGCAAGCGUGUCGCACGCAAGAAGACAUUGUAGUACAAGCGUUCGGGCCGUGCAAGCUGUCUGAGGUGGCUGGCACGGCGGGCCCGCUGAGGCCGUCCUCGCCGAUACAGUUCACGCAACAAGACGACGGCGCCGCCUCCAAGUCCACCAGGCACCUGCUUAACCCUGACAAGUACAACAAGUACGAUUGGCCGAAAAAAGAAACACCCAGCGACUUCGACGGGAGCCCCAUGGGACAAAAGUUUAAGGGUGCACAAACAGCGACCACGGCUACGGUGGGCGCGGUGGGCGCGCUGCUGGGCGACCUGUGCUCCGAGGACGGCGACUGCGCCGCGCUGCCCGGCGCUCGCUGCGCCCGGAGCGCGUGCGUGUGCCGCGCCGGCUACCAGCCUGCGCAACAUCGAAAGGGGUGUGUCGAGCAAAUGACUCAAGAGACGACCGAGGAAUACAGCGCGUGCCUAUCAGAUCCGUGCUAUAACUUAGGUAGCUGCGUCGACCUGCCAGGAUCGACUUACGCUUGCGUCUGCACCGGACUUUAUACUGGAAUGAACUGCGAAUAUCUUAUAAAAGAUAGCCUGACACCUUACAUAGAGACACCAUUCUUUGAUGGCUCUUCUUUCAUCCGCCUUAAACCUUUGAAGGCGUACCACAAGCUGAAUAUCGAUAUCGAAUUUAAGGCUUUCACUGAAAAUGGCGUCAUAUUGUACAAUCAGCAGAAAUACGAUGGAUCGGGCGAUUUUGUUUCUCUCGCCUUGGUAAAUGGAUAUAUAGAGUUCAGGUACAAUCUUGGUAACGGAGCAUUAGUCCUGACUUCUUUGGAAAAGAUUACAUUGAACGAGUAUCACAAAGUAUCUGCAAAAAGAUAUCAUCGAGAUGGCAUAUUAUCUGUUGACGAUAUGGAAGACGUUGUAGGACAAUCUAGCGGACAUCUAAAGGCUCUGGACUUAGCCGAUGACGCUUACGUGGGCAACGUACCUUCUAACUACUCCAAGAUUUUCGAUAAUAUCGGCACACGGAGUGGUUUUAUCGGGUGCGUGAAAUACUUAAGAAUAAUACGUCAUCAAGUGACAAAGAAAUUGGGAAGGCCGGACCCAUUAGUCGUGUCUAUGGAGAAUGUUCGAGAGUGCCAAUCUAAUCCGUGUAUGAGUAUGCCGUGCAAGAACGGGGCCACGUGUAGAUCUAUAGAGGGAUCGGCAACGGAAUAUACUUGUAUCUGCCCUAUCGAAUUUCAAGGAGCCAAUUGUGACGAGAGAUUAGAUCCAUGUGAAUCGAAUCCCUGCGGAUAUGAUGAGGGGCUAUUGUGCGACAUCGGACCCGUCGGCGGCCAUGUGUGUCGCUGUUUGUUUGGAGGAGAAAUUGGCUCCAACGGAAAUACUUGCAAUAACGAUGUAAACAUUAUACAAGAGUCGUGGAUUCCCCAGUUCAAUGGGACGAGCUACAUCGAAUUAUUGCCACUCGAAGGGCUGGGGAAAGCGUUCCGCAUUGAAAUCUGGUUUUUAACGAACAGACUCUCAGGGAUGCUCCUUUACACCGGCCAGUCUAAUAAAGCCAAGGGGGAUUUCAUAACGAUUAACUUGGUUAAUGGAUACCUCCAAUUUAGGUACAAUCUGGGGAGUGGUGUUGCCAAUAUCACGUCUCCAGUACCGAUAGAGAAGGGUCGUUGGCACCGCGCUCGCGUGACCCGCGCCGGCCGCCACGGUAGCCUGCAGUUGGACCACCACCCCACACAACGGGGUUCAUCUUUGCCGCCACUUACUCAUUUGGAAUUAACACUACCACUCUUUAUUGGGUCUUUACCUGCUUACAUCCGUCCACAUAAAAUGUCAGGCGUGAUCAGCAGUUUUAUUGGCGCGGUGCAAAAAGUAUUUGUCAAUGGCAACCAGCUCUCUUUGUACAAUGGGGACACGGCAAAAUGCGCUAUAGUACAGGAGGAAGAUAAGCUACCUUGCGCUACUAGCGGGGUUACUAAGUACGUUGGAUCGCCCUGUGGAAUUGGUAUAACUCCGUGCAAAAAUAAUGGAUCUUGUAUACCACUUCUGAACGAAUAUAAGUGCAUUUGCCCCGACGGCUUCCAAGGCAGAAACUGUGAAAUUCAACUCAACGUCGAAAUGUUGAAGGACGGAGCGCCGGUCCAGUUCGACGGGAAUAAUUACUACUCGUACAGAAGUCGAGGAAGCCGCAGGAGACGCGGCGAUCGCGGUUUUAGAUACGAAAUAAAAUUUCGUACAUACAACGACUCCGGCCUUUUAAUGUGGAGGAGAAAAAUUGGUAUACGAGCGCGAGAUUUCAUUGGCUUGGGCAUAAACAACGGCAAAUUACAAUUAAUAUACACGGACACUGACGUCAAGGAGAUGAAUUCUGUCACACACGAGGAAUGGUUUCAGUACAUAGAAUCCAAGAAUCGAGUAGACGAUGAUAUGUGGCACACAGCAACGGUACGCAGAAGAAAAAGGCUAGCUAUGCUACAACUGGACGACACGGCUCCCAUUAGAGGGUACUCGCAAUCCUUGCUUGUGCCCUCGAAAUCAAACCCCAAACUAUGGAUUGGGGGAUCCCCGUCACUGCCCUUGGGAUUGCCGGCUGCUCUGUACACCGGGUUUCGUGGUUGUGUAGCUAGUGUGAAGGCAAAUGGUCGACGAAUCGACAUCGCUACGCCAAUACGGCCGACGACGACGAUACGACAUUGCGAUUAACAUAAUACACGAUACGAUGUCGAAUCAUGAGUUGCCAAACUCUAUUUUGCUAAAAUUACGAAGCGUAAUGGAAAACACUGUGAGAUAACAAGUAUUAUUUUUUAGAUUUUGUGUCAACUAGCGGUUUAUUGUACCUGUCAUAAAUAAUGUAGUUUCUGAUACAGAUCUCUGCGGCUGCGUAUCAAUAUCUUUUUUCGCAGUUGUUUUUGUAGAGUGCCUGUUGAAGAGUCUCAAGAGAUAAGUGUAAUCAUAUCUCUGAAUAGAGAUAAAAGAGUAUUCAUAUCUGUAACCAAAAUAAUAUGUUGCCAUAAUACGUUACAUUUAGCAUUAUAUUUACCUAAAAUAAGAUUUAAAUCAAAUUUUACUUCGUCAAAUCGGUGCUCGAAAAACACAUCAGAGGUAUAUUGGGAAAAAUAUAUAGGUAUAUAGAAUGUGAGAAAGUACUUAAUAUUUUGUUGUUAUUAGGUACUUAGACAAAUACCUACUAAAAUAGUUUUUAGAUUAGUUAGUAAUAAUAGGUUUCUUUAUUGAAUAUAGGCUGAAAAUAUGUAACACGAUAAUUAUUAGAUUUGACAUUUGUAAAUGUUUAUCCAGAGUAGGUAAAUUAUACGGGCUUUACAAUAACAUUCCAUUCAAUUACUAUUGAUAAUAAUUGUUUCAUGUACGAAUUUAGUAUUUUUACCCAGUUUGAAAAAAUUAUGAUGAGUUAGUUGCGUUAAAUACUGAUUCAUCUUAGUCUAUAUAUUAGGGUGGUCCUUAUUUGUCGAAGU